GACCUCAUCACCCACCGCUAGUGACUAGUACUCCCCAUUCGUUUAUAUAUAUAUUCCCCUCCCUUGCCUCCAUUUCCACUCUUCAAACAAACCAACAAACCCAGCAACAUCUUAUCUUAUAAUUUCAUAUCAUACCCAAACACAAAAAAUGGGAGAGAAAAAGGAGCAACCUAAGAAUGAAACCGCGAAGAAGCCCGACGAAGGAGCUAAAAACGACGCACCUGCCCCUAUCGUUUACAAGCUCGACUUGCAUUGCGAAGGAUGUAUCAAGAAAAUCAAACGCACCGUUCGCCAUUUUGAAGGUGUGGAAAACGUGAAGGCAGAACUGGAAGCUAACAAAGUGACAGUUACCGGUAAAUUUGACGCCGUCAAGCUUCAAGCCAAGAUUGCAGAGAAAACCAAGAAGAAGGUGGACCUCGUCUCUGCUCCGCCUAAAAAAGACGCCGGCGCCGGAGAAAAAUCGCCGGAGAAGAAGCCUGAAGAAAAGAAAUCUGAUGAGAAGAAAUCUGAAGAGAAGAAAUCCGAUGAGAAAAAGCCAGAAGAAAAAAAGCCUAAAGAGAGCACGGUGGUUAUGAAGAUCAGAUUACACUGCGACGGUUGCAUUAACAAAAUCAAAAAGAUGAUUCUGAAGUUCAAAGGUGUGGAGUCGGUGAACCUUGACGGAGACAAGGAUUUGGUGACGGUGAAGGGGACGAUGGACGCAAAGGAGCUGGUGGCGUACGUGACGGAGAAGACAAAGCGGAACGUGGAUGUGGUCCCACCAAAGAAAGAAGAAGAUAAGAAAGAGAAAGAAGGAGGUGGUGAGAAGAAAGAGAAAGAGAAAGACAAUAAGGACAAGAAAGAUGAAGGUGCGGUUGCCGCGGCGGCGGCGAAGGUGGUUGAGGUUAACAAAAUGGAGUAUCAGUACCCGCUACAAACGCCGCCAAUGUAUUGGUACGACGGACAACAUGAACAAGGUGCAUCAUCAUCAUCAAGCAGUUACGGUGGUUACGGUGGUUAUGGUGGUAUGGAGGUUCAUCAUGAGCCAAUGUAUAAUAAUCAUUACAUGGAGCCCUCAGGGUAUCAUGUGAUGAACCAGGGUUAUCCCAUGCAGCCACCACCACAACCGUUCUACAUGCAGCCUCACCCUCCGCCGCAGAUGUUCAGUGAUGAGAAUCCCAAUGCUUGUUCCGUCAUGUGAUUUCCAUUUUACUCGAGGAGCUAUGGUUUUUGAGUGUGUAUACUUUACACGCCGACGACGACGCAUGUAAAUGAAAAAAAUUAAGUAUAUAAAUCGAGGGGAGGUUAUAUUUUGUAUUAAUAUAGAUAAAUUAAUUUUAUGAUAUAAUUUUCGGAUUUAUAUAAUUUGGUCUUGUAGCUAGAGAUAGAAGAUGCUGGCUGGAGAAUCCUGUCCAGAUUAGAACUCGCUUGAGUUUGUUAUGUUCUGACUAUUAUUUAAUUUUAUCAUUAUAAAAUAUUUA